GAAAAACAGAAAGUAAAACCUUCAAAGAAGAUUACUGAUAUGUUUCCAAGAAAAAAUCUAAAAUCAAGUACUGGAAUAAAUGAGAACACAAUGAAACUGAAAGAAAAAGAACACAUUUUGAUGCAGAAGAAGACAUUUGAUGUUUACUACCUAGGAAAUAUAGAAAAAAUUGCAAUAGGAAAUUCACAAAAGAGAGACACAGAAGCUCAGCUCAUAGACAGAGUGGAGGAAGCUCAGAUAUCAGGUGACAUUCCUAUUACUGUAGGAGAAAAAGAUCAAGUUUUCUUUACGGUCUCUAGACAUGGAAUACAAGUCCAAAAUAAAAGGACCCAAGAGGUUGUACAGCGACACCCCCUCCACACAAUAGCUGAGGUUGUCCAGUAUGAGGAUGGAUUCGGUCGCCCUAACAUUGCUCUAAAGAUAGGACAGCUGCAGGUCAACAAAGAGGUGUUUCAGUGCUUUGUCUUCCAAUGUCAUAGUGAGGAAUUAGCCAAUGAUGUUUGCCAGUUGGUUCGCAGAAUUUUUGAUGCCAUAACAGACAAGUCUUGAAUCUGAUGUCAAUUCAAAUGAAAAAGUAUGAGCCAUAAUACUCAAUACCAUUCAAUACUGUCCUCCACCCAAGGAGUGUGAAGUCCUAAGUAAGUUGGUCAACAUGGACCAUCUGUAGCCAGUCAGUGUGGUGGACAAGUAAUGGAGACUACGGUUGUAUGACAGUCGGCCAUGUCAUAGUGCUUGCAGAAUUCUGCAUAAACUAAAGGACAUGGAGAUCUCCCUCCUAGUCUUGGAAUUUUUAUUGGAAACAUUUUAAUUUAAAACUUUGCUUUCAGCUAGUAAAUAAAGCUAUUGUAAAAAUAUCUUUGCAUUAUGUAUAAGAGGCCAUAA